GGUAGGCAUUUCCGUAUAUGGUGAAUUCCGAAAUCUCCCGUUGUCACUCUGGAGUUCUUCGUAUGGCCAAUCUCCUCGCUAUGCUCGACGGUUCGAUUCUCUCCAUGAUACAAUACCAGAUGCAUUAUCGAUUGCGAGGCUCUGUCCGUUCGUGAUCGGGAUGGAGAAGGGCGUCAAAAGAUGGGUAGUUGACAUUUCCGAUUGGAACCCUUCUCAGCCCGACUUCUUCUUUGCCAUGUCUGUUCUUCCUCAGCACCAGCACUCCUCCAUCACCAGGUCAGCUCAGCCCUGACCUCUCAGAUUUCUAAUUCUUAUCUGCAAUUCACACAUGCCCUUUUCUUGAUUCAUUCCAAACUGUCUAUCGGGAAGUGUUUGAGGGGUAAGUUUGCUUCUUGCUGGUUCUACUGCUCCGUUUGAUUGCUCAGAAACCGAAGGAAAAGAAAUCAAAACAACAGAAAAUCUGAAUCCCAUUUGCCUUCUUAUGCUUCCCGAUGAAGCGCGAAGCCGAAAACGCCCAACUGAUCUUUUUCGAUUUGUGAGAAUGGAGGAUAGAAAACGGGCGCUGGUGAGCCGUUUGCUUCAAUAUUCGCUUGUCCAUGAAGUGUUAGGAAUCCCAUCUGAUGAGAUUAGCAUUAACCGCACCGCUGAAGGCAAACCCUAUGUGGAAUGUGAUCAAAUGAACUUGGAAUUUCCCAAUUUUAACUUUAACACAUCCCAUCAUGGUGACUACGUGGCAAUAGCAUCUGAACCAAUUUGCCUUGUUGGUGUGGAUAUUGUUUCUCGUACCAUUCCGAAGAAUGAGGCAGUUCCAGAAUUCAUUCUAAAUUUCUCAUCCUACUUCUCAACUUGGGAAUGGAGUAAAAUAAUUUAUUCCAACAGUUGUGAUGAAAUGUUGAAUGAGUUUUACAGAUACUGGUGUCUGAAGGAAGCAUUUGUCAAAGCAAUAGGGACUGGAAUGUGGUAUAGGUUGGACAAAAUUGAGUUUCAUCACAACAGAUGGAGCGACAUAUUUGUUAAAAUUGAUGGGAGGGAGUUGGAGGACUGGAAAUUUUGGCUCUCUGAGCUGGGAAAAGGCCAUUGGGUUUGUCUCAAUUUUUUUCCAAUCCUCGUUUGCCCUUUUAACUUAUGGUUCUUCAAAGUGUUGAGGUGUGUAAGUUCUGUUUCACAAGGCAUUUUGAAUGUAGCAAGGGUUUGCUGUAGGUUGGCAGCGGCGGCUUACACAACUUGGGAUGAAGGAGAAAAUGUGCAUAUUGCCCUGUCAGCUAAUUUCUCUAGAAAAUUGCUGACAAGGAUAGCCAUUUUCCUUCACUUUUGGAGUAGUUUAGAUUGGUGUCAUUCGAAGCAGAGUUUCAUUUUGUUGCUUUUUCUUAGGCCAUUUGAGUCUUAAUCUUUCAACUUGCGUGACCCUUUUUUUAAUGCAAUGACAGGUAUCCAUUGCAAAGGGUCACCCAAGAGCUGCCACUGAUAGUUACAAGAGAACCCUGAAGCGGACGGAGUUUGAUGAGGAGGAGUAUCAUUUGGGUCUUCAUCUUCCAAAUGUAAGUUUUGAAUUGCAAACAGUAGACCAACUUGUUCGGUUGUUGCAGAGAUCUGAAGAGGACACAACCUAGUUGAUGCUAGUGGCCUGAGGUUACUCUGUUUUUUCUUUCUAUUUGCAAAGAAGAAAGUGAAAAUAAAAAAAGGUUUUGCUUCUCUCAAAA